AUGUCGACAUUCAUGGCAGAUCAAACCGAGAUGAAGGAGAUCAGUGUAGGGCAAACACCGCACCAUAUGCUGGCGGAAACAGAUGCAGAGGCCUUGAGUGAUCUGUCCGACGAAGUUAAGCAAGGAUUCACUGCUUCCGAUCAACGUGAUAUGCAGCGAAUGGGCAAAAAGCAAGAGCUCAGGGUUGGCAUUGCCCCCUUCCAUAUGGCGUCUUUCAUUGUCCUCUCGCUUGCAGAGAUGGCGUCCAUGGCCCCAACAGCAGGAGGUCAGUAUCAUUGGGUUUCUGAGUUCGCUCCUCGAAAGUAUCAAAAGUUCCUCAGCUAUGCAUCAGGUUGGCUAUCGACAAUUUCCUGGCAGAGUAUCGUUGCACUUGACUCGUAUCUCGUAGGAACCGUCGUUCAAGGACUGAUUUCCCUGAACAACGAAUCCUAUGCCCCAACCCGUUGGCAAGGUACACUACUGGUAUUCGCAGCUGCCAUUGGCAUGUCCCUUUUCAACAUCUUUGGAGCCAAGCGUCUCCCACUGGCCGAGGGCAUCUUUGUCACCUGUCAUUUCUUUGCUUUUAUCCCAGUCAUUGUCACACUGCUCGUUCUGGCGCCGAAAGCCAAGGCUGAAGAUGUUUUCACCGGAUUCACGGACAACGGAGCCGGAUGGCCAUCAAUCUCUCUCACUGUUAUGGUGGGCCAAGUAUCCAGCAUGUUUGUUGUUCUGGGUUCCGACUCGGUCGCCCAUAUGUCCGAAGAAAUUGAGAAUGCCAGCGUGGUGGUUCCGAAAUCCAUGGUCUGGGCGUUUGUAUUGAACAUGCCCUUUUCCUUUGGUCUCCUUCUGUCCUAUCUGUUCAGUAUGCCCGACGUCCAAGCUUCGAUCGAUUCUCCUACCGGAUUCCCUUUUAUCCAUGUCUUCCAUCAAGCGUUGAAAGAUACAGCCGGCUCAACGGUGCUCGUGGUUGUGAUACUGGUGCUGCUCAUCAUGAUCACGAUCAGCUCGCUAGCCUCCGCGUCGCGUCAAACCUUCGCCUUCGCUCGAGAUAACGGGCUACCUUUCUCCAGCUGGCUAGGCGCCGUCCAUCCCAAGCUUCACAUCCCCGUCAACUCGAUCCUCUUUACCUGCGCCUUCUCCAUAGUUAUGUCCCUGAUCAACAUCGGCUCCACAGUUGCUUUCAAUGCCAUGCUGUCGCUCUCCACUGUCGCUCUCAUGGCCACGUAUUUCAUCUCGAUUGGAUGCAUCAUCUUGCGUCGUAUUAACAAUGAUCCUCCCUUGCCUCCCUCUCGAUGGACGCUUGGCAGAUUCGGCUUCCCGGUAAAUAUCAUGGCCAUGGUGUAUUCGACGUGGUCGUUUUUCUGGAGUUUCUGGCCCAACGAAUAUCAGAUCAAUGCGCAGAACUUCAACUGGGCUUGUGUGCUGUUUGUGGGGUUGAUGAGCAUAUCGGGGGUGGUGUACUGGGUGCAUGCGCGGCGAGUGUACGAUGGACCGGUCGUGAAGGUGGAGGGGCGCAAGUUUGUGUAG